GGCGUCGAUCAGUCAAAUCGUAACGAGAAUUUAUGACUCCCGUUGACGCUUUUCUUCGAGAUUGCGUCUCCCCGCGAACGUCCGAAAAUACACCAUGAUUGGGAAGUUUAAACAUAUUCCCGAGACAUGGUUUAAUUGUGGAGAAGGAUUAUUAAAAAUGGGUUUGAAGGAAAAAAUGGGGCAUAUUAUGCAGAAAGCAUUGCAAUCUUUGCCAGCAUCUGAACAUGUAAAUCUAAUGGCAAGGUUUGCGAUUAUGGAGAAAAAUUUGGGGGUAAAGAGAAAGCACAAACUCUGUGCAAAUUCUUAGUUCUUAUCCGAAACGGAUGAAUGUAUGGUCUUGUUAUAUUGAUUCCCUGGUUAAACCUAAUGAUAUUUAUAU